GUCGCUCUGAUCAGUCGGUUGUCAUCUAAUCCGUCGUUGGGAUGCUCGCCUGGUGGAUGCGUUUUGUGUGCAUUUUGGCGCUAGUGGGUGUGGGGACUGCCCUUCCGACGCUCGACCUCGGAGCAAAGGACUUCCAGCUGGGGUUCCUGCGCGACCUGGUCGGGCAGAUGGAGCAGCGGGCUGAGGUGAGCCUGAACGACUACCUGGAUCAGCUGGGCCGCAGUCCGCGGAAUGCCAACUACUCGGUGGAGCUCGGCGAGGCCCGAGCGUCGCCAAAGCUCCAGGUGAAGGUGACGUUAGUCAAGCAGCUCCUGGACGUCCAGUCCCACCUCGACACGGGUCUGGAGCACACCUCCGUGCUGCGGAACCUGGUCUUCCUGAGCCGACUGAGGCUCGCGCUGAGGGCCGCCGAGGAUGCCAGCACCCACGAGGUCCGGCAUAUGCGUCUGCACCGCCUCUGCCAGAAGCUCGGCCGCCCGGCACCCCUUUCCAGGAGUCGCCUGAUCAACGAGCAAACGGUCGGAGCUGCGUUGGAGCAGCUCAACCUCACCAAGCGCGAGGGGAAUUCCUCGGGCAUAGAGCUGAACGAGUUCGGAGCGCAGCUGUACGAGCGGGUCAAGCUGCCUGGCGCCGAGAUAAUCGACAACUACCUGCGGCUAUUGCGCUCCCUUCUGCAGGACAUCAUCGACGGCGACCACGAGGAGCUGGCCGGAAGCAGUGGGCACCUGGACAACAUGCUGCAGCAGCUCGACGCCAUGCUGGCGACCGAGGACUUCUUCGGGAAGCGCCAGAGGGUGUACGCUUACCUGAGGCGGCACCUGGCUGCCGACUACGAGCAGAUGCGGGACUCUGAGGGGUCCGGGCACUUCACAGAGCAUCUUCUCGCGCAGCUAAAGGUCAAGGGCCUGGACCUGUUUCUCAUCUUUCUGUUCAGCAACUUCGAGUUCCUGGAGCUGGUGCACGAGCACUGGCUGCAGCUGCUCCCCCAGACGCCCAGCCUGCUGCUCGACGAGACAGCGCGCCAGCUGUACGACCUGCAGCAGCUCUACGACGCCUUCAAGCUGGACACGGAGUCCGAGGCCAAGUACGCGGCCUACUCGGACGCCUUGCGGCGGUUGCACGAGCGCACCGUGGAGCAGGGGCAGCGCAACCGCCACGUCUUCGAGCUGCUCCACAACGCUUCUCAGAGCGUCGGCCCAGUCACCUUCAACAUGAUCAGGGCCAAGUGCGAGGAGCUGAAAUGAACUCGAUCUCGACAUCUCGAAUAUCCAGUCCCCAACCUUAACUAGAAUCCCUACCUAAAAAAUCACAUUAGUGGCGAGCACUCUACGGGCAUGCAAGGCUAUUAGGGGCAACCCGAAGCUGGAGUGGACAGACUCAGAGAGAAGAAGUCGAUAUAAUUAUAUUUUGCUGGUGCUGUGGUUGUCAGCAGCAUUUAAUAUCCGUCUGCAGCAUCAGAUUUCGUUUAGGUGGCAUCCACGGUCUGCCGCCCAAACACCAUUUUACUUUCCCGGCCUCAGCGGACCGAAGCCUCCUUUGCGACCAUGCAGAUGAUGUUUCUCUCGCCGAGCCGUUGUUUUCGCCAACCCUCCAUCCGGCCAAACCGAAGGCUGCCCGCAGCCACUUAAUUAAUUGUCGUCGUUGCAGGUGAUUAGAACUUAAAUGAGUUGCCGCUGCAGCAGAAAUUUCCGUGCCAGAGUCAUCCAUCAGUUCCUAGUGAGUCAUCAGCGAAGAUCCCGAAUUCACAGAUGUUAUCGAAAAUAUUACUGUUCCCGCAGGACGUAACGUAAAAUUGGCUUGUUCUGUCAAGAACCUUGGCU